CGAGUUCCUCUAACAUAAUACCUCCGCCCCUAUUUCGAAACCCUAAUUCAUCGCCACCACUCAGGAGAGGCAGCGCAAUAAUGAAGAAGAAGAAGCAAACCAAGAGCAGCUCCGCCGUCGCCGCUGCGUCCGCCGCCGACGACAUUGGUGGCCUCAAAUCGAUGAUUCAUUCGCAGAGAGAGUUCUUCGACCACUUAGUAGACUUGAUACCGGCGAGAUUCUACUUGACGAACGACGACGACGAAGAUUCGAAGCCGUGGAUCAAGGGUCUCUCGAAAGCCGCGAAGGCUUCCCUGAAGCAACAAACCAGAGAGAACAUCAAGCUCGCCCGCCGCAACCGAUUCGACCCCGACGGCGAACCUUCCUCCACCCUCCAACUCCAACAGCAGCAGCAAGCUAGCAGCUCCGACGACGAAGAUCUCGAUGGCGAGCCUGAAUCUAAGCCCUCCGAUAUGGAGGAGGACAAAAAGUCUGUUACUUAUGAAGAGCUGAGACAGAAGCUGCGCAGAAAGAUUGAAUCUUUGCGUGGAAACCGCAGUGAGAAGAGCAUUCACGAAAAGAAAGUGAAGCUGAAAAGAGAUGGGAAAAAGAGGAAAAGAGAUGGUGAUGAAAAUGAUGGAGGGCAUAGUGGGAAGGGAGCGCAGUCGAAUGGGAACGAGAAUGAUGAAGAGGAGGAAAUUAUCGAAUACGGGAAGGUGAAAUUGGGAGACGAAGAUGAAGGGAAACAUGCCAAGAAGAAGAGUAAAUUGUCAAAGGCGAAAGAGUUGGAGAAGGCGAAGAAAUUGCAGGAGGCGAAGAGAGAGAAUCCAACAGUUGCAGAGAAAGAGGCGUGGAAGGUUGCUGCAGCUAGGGCAAUGGGAGUGAAGGUGCACGAUAAUCCACGGUUGAUUAGAGAGAGCAUGAGAAGGGAUAAGAAGAAGAAGGAGAAGAAUGCAGAGAAGUGGAAAGAGAGAGUCGAAACACAGGAGAAGAUGAAGGGGGAGAGACAGAGGAAGAGGAGAGACAACAUUGUUGGAAGGAUCAACGAGAAGAAGUCGAGGAAGAUUGCCAAGCGCGAGAAGAAAUUGAUGAGGCCUGGCUUCGAGGGCAGAAAGGAGGGCUUCAUUACUCCCAAGUGAAGGUUUAAGUUUUAAAUUUUAAUUUUUUUUUUUGGUUUUGUAAUUUGCUUUCACUAAAAGUAUUGACGAUUUUAUUUAUAUGUUCUUGUUAUGUUUGCUCAAUGAAUUCUGAGGUUAUGAGUAUCCAUGACUAGACACCCGUAGUGGUAAUCGAUUUUCCUCAAUGUGGUCAUCGUUACAUGCUAUAAAAGUUUUUUGCUUGGCUUUCUCUA